ACGGAAAAAAGAAAGAAACUCCAGAGAGCUUCGAUCGCCAUCGCACAAGUCAAAGGGAAAUUUUCACAUGAGGUCAAAAUUAUGUCAGCCUUUGAUUUGUUCGUAAAUUUUGUUUUUCAUUAAUUACACUGCGGGAAAAAACGGAAUGUAACUGUACGAAAUUAAUAGCGUUAAGUGUAGUACUGGAAAUCUUAAAGAAAAGAAUUCGUAACACAUGUUUCCAGUGUAUAGACUUCAGUCUUCAUGGUCUACCUUCCGUGUGUAGAACUCUUCGUUAGAGGAUAAGUUAGCUUUGCCUUAAUAUAUAUUAUAAGAAUGCAUGAUCGUCAGUCUUUUGUUAUAUUGUUUUAUUAUUCCCGUAAAGCUCGUAUCACGACCUAUGAAGUAUCAGUUGUCACUGGUGACGUCAGAGGGGCCGGGACCAAUGCCAAUGUAUAUAUUACCAUGUAUGGAGAAGAAGGAGAUACGGGCAAAGUUCCUCUUAAAACCUCCAAAACAUUCAAGAACAAGUUUGAACGUGGCCAGACAGAUGUCUUCAAUAUUGAUGCCAAGGUUGGAGAAGUUCAAAAGAUCAGGAUCGGCCAUGAUAACAAGGGUGGUUUCGCCGGUUGGUUCCUGGACAAGGUGAUAGUGGAUGCCCCCUCGCUGGGUCAGAGAGUGGUGUUCCCCUGUGGCCGGUGGCUCGACAAAGACAAAGAUGACGGACAGUUGGAGAGAGAGCUCUUUCCUGGUGUGGACACAGAGGAAGCUUAUGUGCCAUACGUCCCAUAUGAGGUGACAGUGUACACGACUGACAUGAUGGGAGCCGGUACUUCAGCACGUGUAUACAUUGUGUUGUAUGGAUCUGAUGGUUGCACUGAAGAGGUGCUCUUGGCAGACACGUCAAAGAAGCAGAAGGACUCCUUCAAGAGAGGCUCAGUUGAUCAGUUCGUCAAGGAGCUUGAUAAUGUAGGCGACGUGAUCGAAAAGAUCCGAAUCGGUCACGACAAUAAAGGUAUGACUCCAGGCUGGCAUCUUGACAAAGUCGAGGUGCGGCGCUUGAAAGAAGACGGUGAAACCUCGACCACAUACACAUUCCCCUGCAAGCGGUGGCUGGCCAAGGACGAAGACGAUGGCUCUGUUGUACGAGAGCUUGUCCCUGAAAAGGUGAUUGAAGAAUCAGUGACAGAGGACGGAGAAGUGGAGACCAAAGAAGUCGCUCAGGAAACACUGGAACUUCGAAAGUACAAAGUCCACGUCUUCACCGGUGACGUCAAAGGCGCGGGAACAGAUGCCAACGUAUUCAUUACCAUAUAUGGGGAAUACGGAGACUCGGGCGAGAGACAGCUUGGCAAGUCAGAGACAUACAGCAACAAGUUUGAAAGAGGAAAUGAAGAUAUAUUUGCUCUGGAAGCCGCUGAACUUGGAAAUCUUUUUAAAGUGAAGCUUCGCCAUGACAAUUCUAAAAUUAGUCCUUCUUGGUUUGUGGAUCGUGUGGAGAUUCGAGACCUGGAAACAGACAAGCUUUAUCCUUUCGUCUGUGAGAGAUGGCUGUCCAAGAAGAAAGAAGAGGGAAAAAUUCAACGUACACUUUAUGUAAAAGGCUACGAGGGUGAACGCUCCACACUGGGCGCCAUGAGUCUCGGGUCCUUGAGCCAAAGCAGCAGCCUCAGUCCUCGGAGAAACAGUCGGAGCAGUCUCGGAGGCAGUCGGAGCUCGUUACAUCGAAGCAACGAAAGUUUACCGACGGCAAGCCGAAGUGCAACAGCCGAUGCUAUUUUUAUGGAGGAGUUUGGUAAAGGCGAGAAGGAAGCAGCGGCUCCUCGUGAAACUAUCGCUUAUACCAUCCGCGUGACCACAGGCGACCAAUCAGAUGCGGGCACUCAAGCGCAGGCACACAUAGUGCUUAUGGGCAGUGAAGCGGCUUCUGAAAAGAUCCCAUUAGUGCUCAUACAGAGAGAAGGAUUCUCUCCAGGCCUAACGGAGACGUUUUCUAUAGAGGCUGCAGAUGUCGGUGAAGUGAAGAAAGUCGAGCUGUCUCACAAUGGUUAUGGCGCAGACAGCGGCUGGUUUGUGAAGGAAGUUGAAGUAGAUGUGCCGACCAGCGGUAAGAAGUACUUCUUUCCUUGCAACAGAUGGCUGUCACAGAACAAGGAAGAUGGAAAAGUGGUGCGAGUGCUGUCUGCGUCGGACGGUCAGCUUGUCACUUAUAAACCACAUGUGCCACACGAGAUCACUGUGUACACGGGUGACGUGAAAUCAGCAGGAACAGAUUCAGCUAUCUCCCUGACAUUGUUCGGAUCUGAAGGUACAACUCCAGAGUUUGUGCUCGAUAAAGAUGAAUCCCGCUUUGAACGAGGCGGUGUUGAUCUCAUAAGAAUGGACCUCGAUGAUGUGGGAAAACUGCUGAAGGCCAGAAUCGCAGUCGACGGCAAAGGAACACGUCCUGAUUGGUUCCUGGAAAAGAUAAUAAUAAGAAACAUGGAGACCCACUGCGUGAGCGUGUUUAAAUCCAAUCAGUGGUUUUCCAAAACAGGAGAUGGAAAGUUAGUCCAAGAGAUACCGGCUGAGGUUGAUGGCGAAGAAGUGUUGACUGAGACUUCAUAUAAGGUAAACGUAAAGACCGGAGAUGUGAUUGGAGCUGGGACAGACGCUAACGUGUUCAUGAUUAUUUUUGGCGAAAAUGGCGACAGUGGAGAGCUGGCUUUGAAGAACUCUGAAACAUACAAGGAUAAGUUUGAACGGAACCAUACUGAUGUCUUUACCUUCAAGAACUUACUUAGUUUAGGUGAACUUACCAAAGUCCGCAUUUGGCAUGACAAUAAAUUCCUCGGGGCAAACUGGUUUCUUGAAAACGUGGAAAUCGUCGACGAGUCCAACAAUGAAAAGUAUCAUUUUCCCUGCAACCGGUGGCUCGCUAAGGAUAAAGAUGAUGGCAGCCUGAUAAGAGAGCUGACUUGUGCAAACGCUAAGAAAAGUAAUGAUUCACGGUCACCUACAAGUGGAUUUUAUAAAUUUGAUUUUUUAUACAGCUUUCGUCCUCUGGGUAGAUUUCGUCAAAGAUUGCUUUUAGUUGAUCAUAUCAUGGCGGAAACUAUGUACAGUGAAGUUUUAUUUAUAUUUAUGGUUGCUCCAAGGACUGACAAAUAUUCGUUUCUUCAUUUUGUUUUUCUCACAGCUAUCGCUUAUACCAUCCGCGUGACCACAGGCGACCAAUCAGAUGCGGGCACUCAAGCGCAGGCACACAUAGUGCUUAUGGGCAGUGAAGCGGCUUCUGAAAAGAUCCCAUUAGUGCUCAUACAGAGAGAAGGAUUCUCUCCAGGCCUAACGGAGACGUUUUCUAUAGAGGCUGCAGAUGUCGGUGAAGUGAAGAAAGUCGAGCUGUCUCACAAUGGUUAUGGCGCAGACAGCGGCUGGUUUGUGAAGGAAGUUGAAGUAGAUGUGCCGACCAGCGGUAAGAAGUACUUCUUUCCUUGCAACAGAUGGCUGUCACAGAACAAGGAAGAUGGAAAAGUGGUGCGAGUGCUGUCUGCGUCGGACGGUCAGCUUGUCACUUAUAAACCACAUGUGCCACACGAGAUCACUGUGUACACGGGUGACGUGAAAUCAGCAGGAACAGAUUCAGCUAUCUCCCUGACAUUGUUCGGAUCUGAAGGUACAACUCCAGAGUUUGUGCUCGAUAAAGAUGAAUCCCGCUUUGAACGAGGCGGUGUUGAUCUCAUAAGAAUGGACCUCGAUGAUGUGGGAAAACUGCUGAAGGCCAGAAUCGCAGUCGACGGCAAAGGAACACGUCCUGAUUGGUUCCUGGAAAAGAUAAUAAUAAGAAACAUGGAGACCCACUGCGUGAGCGUGUUUAAAUCCAAUCAGUGGUUUUCCAAAACAGGAGAUGGAAAGUUAGUCCAAGAGAUACCGGCUGAGGUUGAUGGCGAAGAAGUGUUGACUGAGACUUCAUAUAAGGUAAACGUAAAGACCGGAGAUGUGAUUGGAGCUGGGACAGACGCUAACGUGUUCAUGAUUAUUUUUGGCGAAAAUGGCGACAGUGGAGAGCUGGCUUUGAAGAACUCUGAAACAUACAAGGAUAAGUUUGAACGGAACCAUACUGAUGUCUUUACCUUCAAGAACUUACUUAGUUUAGGUAAGUGACAAAGGAAACUUGUUUCUGAAAAAAAGCCCAUUUGUUCUUCACAAAUGUUUGAACCUUACGUCUUCCAGAGCACUCGAUUAUUCUACUGCUUGUAAAGUACCUGUAACUUUAUUGUAGAUCUUGAAAUAAAAUAAAAAUUCAAAGCAGUGGUCUGAAACAUGAUUGACGUUCAAGAUAUUAAUUAAUAACAAAUGGAUUCCAUGUUGCCGUGCGUCUGUUCAGUAAUUAGGGACUUUAAGCAAUGACGACGGCGACACCAGAGACGACGCCUAGUAAGAAAUGGAUGUUUUUUUACCUUCGGACUUCGUAACUAUCUGAAUCUGUUCAGCACGCCAGUCAGUCUGAAAACGUGCUCAAACUAAAUAUUUAAUGCCAGUGAGUGAUCAAU